AGCGAAAGUGUUUCCACGUUUGUUCAACUCGGUUGCGUUGGGGGUUUUCGACUCGAAUGGCGGACCUCAUGACGGACAGUCCACUGGGCUCACGGACCCCGAGCCCCUUCUCUGCGCUCUCCGUCCUCGACGCUGAGUCGGUCUCGGUGGCAGGGGCGUCCUCGGUCUCAGAAGCCAGGUUGCCCGUGGUCGCGCCCACCGCCUCGACGACAGCGAGCAGCGGCUUCUACCGCUCCGAUGCGACGUUCAACCCCACCGUCACGCCCUUUACUUCCACUGCAAAUGCGGACCUCACGAGCCGCGUCGCACGCAUGGCAUACCGGAGCGUCCCGCCGUCCGCGAGUGCGGCCGGGGGGAAGAUGGUCACCCUCUUCGACGCCGCGAUACCGAAAGCCCCGAUACCGCCAUACGACGGGACGGUCAUCCACCCUCCUUUCAAGGCACUGCCCGGCGGAUUUGCGGUCCCCGACGGGCUGAUGAGCUAUACGAUCAUGCACGACCACCCGACGUGGUACCUGGAUGUCGAGGACUACGUGACGCUCGAUGCGCCGGAAGGGACUAUGAUGGGGCAGAGGAUGGACGGGCCGAUGAUGCGGGUGCGGUAUCCGAGAGAUCUCGAGCCGCCACGGCCGAAGAGGCAGAAGGAGCUGCUGCUCCGCUGCACAUUUUGCCCCAGGACGUACGCCGGCGUGAACGCGAAGAGCAUGUGGACAAGACAUGUGAGGGAGAAACACAGGGUUGUGCUGAGCAAGGCAUGGGUGGAUUCGGCCACGUCGAUCAAGAGAACACCCGCCGCAAAAAACAUUACACCUGCACCACACACAGCCGCUGACGAGGCCCCAGUGAUCAAACCUGUAAAACCGCCAGUGGCUAAAGCCGUGCCGCCCCCGCCACCUCUUGUGUUGACCAUUCCAGCGCCUCCGCCUCGAGGGAAACCAGGCCCGAAACCCAAGGUCAAGACAGGCCCGAAGCCAGCCCCAAAGCCAGCCUCAAAGCCGGCUGUGAAACCGGGCCCGAAACCCGCCUCGAAAACAGUGAAACCGGUGGCAUCGCCAGCGAAGCCGAAAAAAGACAAAGAGAGACCGACCGGACAGAAGAUCAUCAUCCCGGCCCGGCGAGCGGUGGCACCUCCCGAACCACCGGUAACACCGAAAGUGGUCUAUGUUGCGAGUACGACAUCGCCGCGGGAUGUGCCGUCGUCGCCUACACUGCGCCCGACGGCCGUCGUGGCUCCGGUGCCUGCUGAGCCGCCAGAGCUGUGGGUGAAGUCGCUCUCGCCACCGCCACCGGAAGGGAUUUUACCGCCGAGACUGCGAGCCCGACAAAGUCUGGUCAUCUCUGCAGAAAUCAGGGAGGAAAGUUCUCCUUCGACCCAGGAUGGGAUGGACGUCGAUCCAACCGAGAGUUUCAUUGCUCAGUCGGACGAUGACAUGGACAUGGAUCUCGAAGACGACGAAGACGAAGUAGAGGCCAUCGUGCAGGAUACAUCUGCCGACGAAGACGAGGUGGAGAACGAGGACGACGAUCCAUUCUCCUUGUCUUCGCUCUUCUCGCUCUCUUCUCGGCCACACGUGAUCUCCUUGGCGGCCGAUGAUGUUACCGAAGACAUCGAAUUUCUGGACCUGGAAGCGGCACCGGCUUCAGAUUCCGAGCCGUCUCCGCUGGGGCUCCUCAAAAUCUCGUCGAUGAAUUAUCUCAUUGACCGGGCGCUCGUGGUUUCCCCUCCCCCGAGCCCAAUUCUUCCUUUCGAGCGGGAUUUCACUCCCGAAUUGGGCUCGAGAGAACUGCACACGCGGGCUCUCGAGGCACCCGCUACCGUCUUGCAGCCAAUGGACUCCGAUGAUUUAAUCGGGUUGAAGGUGCAGAACAUGGAUCCGGCGCUCAAAGCCAGACUUUGGAGUCAUCUCGGAGAGCAACUCGGUGUCCGGCCCGGCGAUGUCGCAGGACCCGGUAAACGGGACGAGCCUGCGAGGCCUCCUCCGACCUCGCCCCCGUCGCUCGUUGAUCAUAGCAUGUCUGUGCCUCCGGCCCAUCUGGACCCCGACAUCGCCGCUCUCAUCACCGGAUUCAGACAGCGCACAAUGACUGCCUUUGAGAUGGAUCUUGCGGCGCAGGCUCAGGCGAUCCUUGGACAAGUCGCGGAUCAAGUCGUCAUUCCACUGCAAGCGAUGCUGACUGCGCAGCUGAAGGACGCGGUCCUUGGCUCGGGAAUGGGCGGGCUGAUGGCCCAUGCACUGGCUGUACAGGAGGAGGAGGGCGAAGUCGAGUUCGAGUGGAGAAGGCGUGUUCUCGAGCGGGAGAUGCAUGUGCUUGGUUAUGAGCUUCUUGAAGAGCAGGAUGAGGAUGAGGAAAUGCCGCUGGCUCCGAUGAAUGAGUUGUCCGCUGUCGCUGGAUAAUAGUCCGCGAACAGCCUCUUUGUUGCUCACUAAGUAUAAUAAUUGAAUGUAAUGUAGCAAGUAGUCCUUCUCAUUGUUUCCACUGUCGCUCUCCCUCGCACAGCGCGCAGUUCUGUUUUUGAAUCCGGGUUGCUGAAUAAUUUUUCGUUGGAACACAUCUGCUGCCUGCGUCCUAUACGAAAC